GCGCCUCGAUAUCGUUGGCGUUACAUUAAAGGUGUGUCUAACCGUCCCGUCCUGUUUGAGACAUCCUUAUCUCUUCUUUGUGAAUUUGUUUACUUCUGCAGCAAUUCACGUAGUGUUCUUGUACAAUGUCAGAGUCUGUACAAAAUGUCGAAGAUUUGCAUAAAUUGAAGUUAAGCGACCUGAAAAAAAUAUGUAAAGAAAACAAGCUUCCAUCUACAGGAACGAAAGUGGAACUCAUCUCACGUAUUACGGAAAUGCACGGAAAUAAAUUUGUACUGUUACAACCUGGCGAUGAAGCAGAACUACUUGGAGAUGAUGAAGAUGGUGAUUCUAACCAUGUGAAUAUAUCUCAUUCUACGACAACAACAAUGGAUUGUAGCAAUGAUAAUGGAUCUCCAAGUGGCCUUAACUUCCCAGUUGUAACUGCAAAUAAAACUGUAGGACGUAAACGUCCAGCCAGUGAAUUGACACCUGAAAAAGAUUCAAUGACUAGUGGUGAAAAAGUUCUGAAAGUUGCACAUACAACUGAUGAUUCACAUGGUAAUGCUAAAGAGGAAGUAACAAAUUUAUCAGAUUCUGAGCGUUUAAUUUGUCGUACUAAACGUUUUAUGUCAGAUGAUGAAAAAACACUUGCUCGUGCUAAACGAUUUGGUUUACCAAUUGGUAAUAAUAUAAAUACUGUUUGUUUAAAUAAUGCUUCAACAAAAUUGGAUGAACUUGAAAAGUUAAAAAAACGUGCUGAACGAUUUGGUGUAACUACUAGUAAAACAUUAGAAAAGUUAACCGAUUUGGAACGUAAAGCUAAACGUUUGGAGAAAUUCGGUAAACCUUUAUCAUCAUCAUCAGGGAAUACACAAAUGAAUGAUGAAUUAGCUAAAUCAAUUCGUGCACAAAAAUUUGGUAUAGUUUUAUCUAAUAACAACAGUAUUCCAGAUGUUGAAAAAUUAUCUAAACGUCAAGCAAGAUUUGGUUUAGUUGAUAAUAAAAUUUAAUAUUCCAUUCAUCCAUUUGUAAAGUUUUUAUAUUUAUAUAUAUAUAUCUUUUUCCCC